AACGGAAAAGCACAUCACACUACGCCUUUUUGACAGCGACAAACCGGAGUCGUUUGUUUCUCUCCAAUUUUCGUGGCUUCAAAACAAUUUCUUGUUUCAUCAAAUAUCCAACCUCACUUAACCCACUACGCCACAACCAUUUUUUAAAUUUUUUACACGCAAUUAUUUAUAUAAACCAAUACCAAAACUUCAAAUGCAUAAUUAAUUAAGGAGCUAGCUUAGCCACAUGUAAUUUGUGCAUGAUAAGAAAAUGGCAGCUAUCUUGACUUUGUUUUUGUCUGUGCUGGCAUUCUUUGUUGUGGUGUCCCAGUCCAUUAGCAGAGAUGAUUUUCCACAUGGUUUCAUUUUUGGAACUGCUUCUUCAGCUUACCAGUUUGAAGGAGCUGCGAAUGAAGGAAAUAAAGGACAGAGCAUAUGGGAUACCUUCACUAGGAAACCAGGAAGAAUAUUGGAUUUCAGCAAUGCAGACACCGCGGUUGAUCAAUAUCAUCGGUUCAAGAGUGACAUAGACUUGAUGGCGGAUCUGGGAAUGGAUGCUUAUAGAUUCUCCAUAUCUUGGUCAAGAAUCUUGCCCAAUGGAACAGGUGAACCAAAUCCCCAUGGGAUAGCUUACUACAAUAAUCUCAUCGAUUCAUUAAUAGAAAAAGGCAUACAACCUUACGCAACUUUGUACCACUGGGAUCUUCCACAAAUGCUAGAAGAUGCAUAUGGAGGACUGCUCAGCAAUCAAGUAGUACAUGAUUUUGAGAAGUAUGCAUAUGUCUGUUUCAAAGCAUUUGGUGAUAGAGUGAAGCAUUGGAUGACAUUCAAUGAGCCCCAUGGUAUUGCAAUACAAGGUUAUGACUUUGGUGUUCAAGCACCAGGAAGAUGCUCCAUUCUCGGACAUCUAAUCUGCAAAGCAGGAAAAUCUUCUGUCGAACCUUACGUUGUAGCACAUAAUGUUCUGCUGUCUCACGCUGCUGCUUAUCGCACCUAUCACAACAAUUUCAAGAAAAUCCAGAAAGGCGUGGUGGGGAUAGUAUUGGAUGCAAAGUGGUACGAGCCAAUAUCCCAGAGUGAAGAAGAUGUGGAAGCUUCGCAGAGAGCCUUAGAUUUCGGACUUGGAUGGUUCCUUGAUCCACUUGUAGUUGGGAAAUACCCUGUUUCAAUGCAGAAGUUGGUGGGUGAAAGGCUCCCUGAAAUAGGAGCCGAUGUGUCCGAAUUCCUUAGGGGGAGCCUUGAUUUCAUCGGUAUAAAUCACUACACCACAUUAUAUGUGCGCAAUGAUAGGAUGCGACUUGCUAACCUCAUUCUGCACGAUGCCUCAACUGACUCUGCUGUUAUUACCACUCAUUCAAAGCAUGGAGUUCAAAUAGGAGACAGAGCAGCGUCGAGUUGGCUAUACAUCGUUCCCUGGGGUAUCCGUAGUCUGGCAAACUACAUCAAAGACAAAUAUGGGAAUCCACCAGUGAUAAUAACUGAAAAUGGAAUGGAUGAUCCUAAUAGAUCUCUAGUCAAGGCUUUACAAGAUGAUAAGAGAAUAAAUUAUCACAGGGACUAUCUCUCAAACCUCUCUGCUGCAAUAAGGCAAGAUAAGUGUGACAUACGAGGUUACUUUGUGUGGUCGUUGCUGGAUAAUUGGGAAUGGAACAUGGGAUACACAAAGAGGUUUGGGCUUUACUACGUGGACUUCAAGAACAACCUCACAAGGAUUCCCAAGUCAUCUGUCAACUGGUUCAAGAACAUGCUCACAUCACCAACACACCACGCUGCGUUUUGACUCAUCCUAUUUAUACACCACGUCUAUUUCUAUCUAAUAUACAACCACAUUUAUUAACCUAUAUUCUUAUUGUUGUAUAAUUGAUUGGUAUAUGAGUCAUUCCUUCUGUCCGAUUGUAUUAUGUACGUAAUGUAAAUUUUGUUGUUUUUUAUUUUCUUUAAUAUUUGAGACAGAGUUUGUAGUCAAUCUUCUGUAUUGGAAACUGAGAAUGAUUACAUUUGCAAGUUAAAGAGAGUGCGUUGUGGUAA